AGGCUUGGGCCCCUUCCCCGCCCCCCCAGCCGCCCCCGGCCCCGCACCUCCUACGGGGACAGGUUAAGGUGAGCGGCGCGGCGCUCCGUGGCAGGGCCCGCGGCUCGGCCCUUCCUCCCGAAUCCCCUGUCUUCGUCUUGCCCGCGGCUCUCCAGGAAUUGCUCUGUGAUCCCCACUUGGAUGAAUGUGAACAUUUUUUAGGAGACCUGCGUUUUAAAUCUCUAUAAAUGAAUAAACAUAUUCAAUAGAAUUUGGAGUGAUGCUCAAAUUCCAAGAAGCUGCCAAGUGUGUGAGUGUAUCAACAACUGUUUCCACUUUCCCAAAGACGUUGAUUGCAAGGAGAUAUGUACUUCAGCAGAAGCUUGGAAGUGGAAGCUUUGGAACAAUUUAUCUGGUUUCAGAUAAGAAAGCAAAACCAGGAGAAGAAUUAAAGGUUUUGAAAGAAAUAUCUGUGGGAGACCUGAAGCCCAAUGAAACAGUUCAGGCAAACUUGGAAGCACAGCUCCUGUCUAAACUUGACCACCCAGCCAUCGUCAAGUUUCAUGCCAGCUUUGUGGAACGAGAUAAUUUCUGCAUCGUUACCGAGUACUGUGAGGGUCGAGAUCUGGACUGUAAAAUUCAGGAGUACAAAGAAGCUGGAAAUACCUUUCCUGAAAACCAGAUAAUAGAAUGGUUUAUCCAGCUGUUACUGGGAGUUGACUACAUGCAUGAAAGGAGAAUACUUCACAGGGACCUGAAAGCAAAGAACAUUUUUUUGAAAAAUAACCUACUUAAAAUUGGGGAUUUUGGAGUCUCCCGGCUCUUAAUGGGAUCAUGUGACCUGGCGACGACUUUCACUGGGACGCCUUACUACAUGAGCCCCGAGGCGUUGAAACAUCAAGGUUAUGACACCAAGUCUGACAUUUGGUCACUGGCAUGCAUUCUGUAUGAGCUGUGCUGCAUGAGUCAUGCAUUCACUGGUCACAAUUUCUUGUCCAUUGUUUUAAAAAUUGUUGAAGGUGACACGCCUUCUCUUCCUGCUCAAUACUCAGAGGAGCUGAAUGCCAUCAUGCAAAGCAUGUUGAACAAGAGUCCUUCAUCGAGACCAUCAGCGAUAGAAAUUUUAAAAAUCCCUUACAUUGAUGAGCAACUGCAGGGCAUGAGGUGUAAAUAUUCCAGCAUGACUCUGGAAGACAAAAACCUGAACCGCCAGACGGAAUCAGCUCAUCUCAUUAAUGCCAUGCAGAGAAAGAUCCAUUUACAGACCCUGCGGGAGCUGUCUGAAGUGCAGAAAAUGACUCCGAGAGAGAGGAUGAGACUGAGGAAGCUCCAUGCAGCUGAUGAGAGAAAAGAGAAGCUUAAAAAGUUAGCUGAAGAAAAAUACGAGCAGAACACCAAGCGCAUGCAGGCUCUGCGAUCCCGGCACGUUCAGCAGUUGGGUGUAGACGCACUACAUGAAUCUGAUGAACAGGCCUCAGGACAUUUGAUUGAAUCUGAGCCCAGUGAAGAGGAGACACCAGCACAGAUGCCCCUGAUUCAUUCUCAGCCAGUGACCUCCCAGGGCUCUGCAGGAGGGGAGCUGAGACAGGAGGCAGCUUCAGACAGACUGUCUACAUGUGAACUAGGGGAUCAUGAGAUCCCAGAAGAUCCCUUAGAAGCUGAAGAGUAUUAUGUGGAUGUCUUUGAUUCCUGUUCGGAAGCAAGUGAGGAGAAUCAGAUAGAAGAGAUGCUAGAAGAGGAGGAGGAGGAGGAGGAAGAGGAGGAGGAAGAGGAGGAGGAAGAGGAGGGGGAGGAAGAAGUAGCAGACAGCACUUUUAGGACCAGUCAUCAGGACAGUGACAUUGAGGCAUUGGUCAGGUGUUUGGAAAGUGUCCUGGCGUGCAGCUCCCUAGGUACAAGGAGUGUCACCAGAUCAGCCCUAGUCUUGCUGCAGGGACCAAGCCAUCUUAACUACACUGUGUCUGAAACCAAGAUGAAACUCAUGAGAGAAUCAGCCGUUCAGAAGCUGGGCUUGGAAGUGUUUGAGACUGUCUAUGGCUACCUCAAGAAGGCCAGGAGACAGAAUGCCAGUGAAGAGGAGAUCAGGGUGUCUCUGGAGAAAGUGGUGCCGCGAGCCAGCGACUGUUUCGAGGUGGACCAGCUCAUCUAUUUUGAGGAGCAGUUGUUUAAAACAGCAAGGGAAGAUUCUGGACUCUAGAAACAUCUUUAAGUGGUGGAAAAAAAUCAGUUGUUAUUUCUAGUUCCAAUUCUAGAAACCACAUCCAGAAGAUGGGCCUCUUGGGAAUGGACCACACCCAUUGGACUGCCCCCUUAGGGGCUCUGCUGGAACCACUGACCUUGAGUUUGCACUUCCAGUGGACGGAAAUUGUCAGGGUUUAGAGGAACACCCUUCCCCUUUCCUUGCCUUGAUUUCCCCCCAAACUCUUUCCUUCUCCAUACUUCCUUAAUUGCGUUGAAAAUACCACCAUCCUUCAAUCUCUGAGGUGAGCAGCUUCAGCGUCACCCUCAACUCCUCCUUCUCCCUCAUGCCUUACGUCCAAUCAGUUGCCAAGUUUGUCUCUUCUGCCUCUGUGUCAUCUCUCAAAUCGGUCUACUGUCCAUUCACACAGCCAGUGCCCUGGUUUGGACUCGAUUGACUCUCGCUUAGACUUGUAUGAUAACUCCUAUAUUAGACUUAACUGCUUCCUGUCUCUCUCCUCUCCACUCCAAUGUCAAAACAGCUGCCAAAUUAAUAUUUAUAAUUCACUCCCUUGCUCAGAAAUGUUCAGAGCUUCCCUGUCACCUCUCGGAUGAAAUGAAGACUCUUUAUCCUGGCAUUUAAACUCCUCAUAAGAUGAGAUGUUGGACUAGAUGAACCAUAAGGUUCCUUUCAGGUCAGAAGCUAGUUGACAAAGUCCAGAAAAGCAUUUAGCAUCGGAUUAAACUAGAGCCUCCUAGAAUGCCUUUCCAUUAAAGUUUUCCUAAAAUACAUUUAUAUUCCAUAAAGUGCUACUUUUUUCUAAGUUAGAUAUCAGUUAAAAAGAAAUUUAUUUCUUUAUAGAUAAAUAAUUUUUUUAUUUUUUAAUCCUUUCAAAGAUUCCAAAGAUCUUUACUGGUCAAAUCUAUGAUUUAUGGCUAUAACUUACCUUUCCAGAAUUAUUUCAUGUAACUCCCCUUUAUGCGCUCUGCAUUUUAGCCAAACUGGUCUAUUAGCUGUUUUCCUCAACUUGGCAUGCAGUCUUCCAUCUCCACACCUUUGUCCAGACUCUUCUUUCCUUUGCCUGAAAUAUGUCCUCCUUCCUCACCUCUGCCUCUUAAAAUCCAUAGCUUCAUUCAUGGCUCAGUUUGAUAAAGACCUUACUAAUUCUCUGCUCCUGGACCCCUACUCCAGUUGUUAACGUUCUUCUACUCCUGAAAUUGCUUUGUACUUCCCGUUUUUACGUAUCUGGGAACACGUUGCAUCUCCCCAUUAGAAUGUAAACUCCUUGUGGGCAGGGAUUGUUUCCUUCUGUCUCUGUGAUCCCUAUUACCUGGCAAAAUGCUAUGUUCAUAGAAGGCCUUUAAUCCGUGUUCAUUGAGUUGUUGAAUUGAUAUGCUAAUGAAAAGGAGUUACGGCUGUAGUGGGGGAUCAGGACUCAAAAUUCCAUCCCCGAUCUACUCUCAUGAAAUUGAACUUCAUACUUUGCCACCUGAAAAAUCCUUAGAUGUGUUGAGGGUCUUUUAUGCAUGAUAAGUGUAUUUCCUUGCAUGAUAAAUACAUGGUGUACAUGUUGUCUUCUCUUACAGAAUAUAAGCUCUUUGAGGGCAGGAACAGUUUUAUUUUUGUCUUUGAAAC